CAGGGAAUGCAGGACGGCAUGGCGUGCCUUUAUCAGGUCACCUCGUGGUUCGCAACCGCUGGUCUAUUAAAUCCUCGCACUGCAUCCGAGAAGUUACACUGCUUCUAGAAGCCACGCAACAUUCGCUGCUACAUAUAUAGCGAUAUAUAAAUACUAGCAGUUGUAUAACAAUUGCUACCUUCUCUUGUCGUCGUUUGCUUCUUCCAUUCUAAAUAAUUACCUCGAUACUGAUGCCCUGAAAAAGAAAUGCAUCUCAUAACUCCCUGCCGACUCUGCACAGCCCUCACUGUGUUCGCAAGUCUGAUUACUUCCUCCGUUGCCAUCGAUACCCCCGCGACGAAAGAUUCUACCAUUUUCCGGUCCACCGUGAGCUGCCCUACUUGUCCCGAUCACAACUGCUACAAAUGCACACUUGGUCACGACGCCACCCUCGAGGCCAACACUGGGGGACUGGCCUAUAUCCGUUCUCUGAUCGCAUUUCAACUUCCAGUCCCAGCUGCCUCCAUCACAGCAUGCACAGUGCAAUUUCCCGCCUUCACAAAACCACUCGACGCACCUGUUAAUGUCACGGCCGCCCAGGCGCUCUCUUCCGACUGGGACGAGGAUACCGUUACCGGAGAGAACGCACCAGAUUCGGGCGAAGUCUUGACGGAAAUUGGAGUACCUGCCUAUGCGAACAUGGGGGCUAUCGAUGUUACGCCGGCUUGUAAGGGUGCGGAUGAAGAUGGAAACUUUUCUAUCUUCCUGGGAACCAAAUUUGGCAGAAUCGAGGUUUGGUCGAAGGAUUCGGGAAAUCCCGCCAUUCUUCACAUUACCUCCUCUGCUUGAAUGUCUGUGUGUGUGAUCUACAGGGGUAAUGGUUCUGGAUUCCACAAGUUUUCGUUGGAGGACUUUCGUAUCUAAUGAUGGUCAUGAGAUCUGUGGCUCUACGGGUGUUUCAUGGUAUGACGGAAGGAAAUAAUGAUGACAUUGUUUGCCCUUCGCGUCUUUUAUACGUGUAGUGCAAAGUUAAGGUCUCUCUAGCUCAUUCAUUAGGUUGAUCGUACUAGAGUGCUAGGCUGCCAACAGGAUUCAGUGACCUUCUGUACUUAUGGUUGCUUCUAUAGCUACUUGAGCAUAUGCGAUAUAGGACACUUAUCGUUUUCACGAAUGAGCUGGGCAAGCAUGAUAAAUUGAAGAUCAUUGCAGA